AUGGGGGAGGGCCAGAAUCUUCAUUCCUCUCUGGCCCAAGUGUUACCUUCUGAUAACCCCUGGCCCCCAUUGUACUUUCAACGCACAAGAGUUGGACUAAGGAGAGCCCUAGAGCGUUGCAUAGAAUACUGCACACUCAACGAUUUGCAACUCAACCUAGAUAAAUCUAAAAUUGUGGUAUUUACCCAUAAAUGGAAAGCCACCAUCUGGCGGUGGACAGUGUCUGGAAAUGGUACUGCACUGGAUAUAGCGGGCAAUAAGACACAGCUGAGGAGUGGGCUGAAGAAACAGCCGGGUGGGAGGUCCACCGGGCGCCACUUGGCCCGGCCCCGCCAGGCUGCCUGGGACCGCCACCUCGCUCCUCUGCCAGCUGAGCCCCCCCCACCCCCCCCCCCCCCCACCCCCCCCCCCCCCCACCCCCCCCCCCCCCCACCCCCCCCCCCCCCCACCCCCCCCCCCCCCCACCCCCCCCCCCCCCCACCCCCCCCCCCCCCCACCCCCCCCCCCCCCCACCCCCCCCCCCCCCCACCCCCCCCCCCCCCCACCCCCCCCCCCCCCCACCCCCCCCCCCCCCCACCCCCCCCCCCCCCCACCCCCCCCCCCCCCCACCCCCCCCCCCCCCCACCCCCCCCCCCCCCCACCCCCCCCCCCCCCCACCCCCCCCCCCCCCCACCCCCCCCCCCCCCCACCCCCCCCCCCCCCCACCCCCCCCCCCCCCCACCCCCCCCCCCCCCCACCCCCCCCCCCCCCCACCCCCCCCCCCCCCCACCCCCCCCCCCCCCCACCCCCCCCCCCCCCCACCCCCCCCCCCCCCCACCCCCCCCCCCCCCCACCCCCCCCCCCCCCCACCCCCCCCCCCCCCCACCCCCCCCCCCCCCCACCCCCCCCCCCCCCCACCCCCCCCCCCCCCCACCCCCCCCCCCCCCCACCCCCCCCCCCCCCCACCCCCCCCCCCCCCCACCCCCCCCCCCCCCCACCCCCCCCCCCCCCCACCCCCCCCCCCCCCCACCCCCCCCCCCCCCCACCCCCCCCCCCCCCCACCCCCCCCCCCCCCCACCCCCCCCCCCCCCCACCCCCCCCCCCCCCCACCCCCCCCCCCCCCCACCCCCCCCCCCCCCCACCCCCCCCCCCCCCCACCCCCCCCCCCCCCCACCCCCCCCCCCCCCCACCCCCCCCCCCCCCCACCCCCCCCCCCCCCCACCCCCCCCCCCCCCCACCCCCCCCCCCCCCCACCCCCCCCCCCCCCCACCCCCCCCCCCCCCCACCCCCCCCCCCCCCCACCCCCCCCCCCCCCCACCCCCCCCCCCCCCCACCCCCCCCCCCCCCCACCCCCCCCCCCCCCCACCCCCCCCCCCCCCCACCCCCCCCCCCCCCCACCCCCCCCCCCCCCCACCCCCCCCCCCCCCCACCCCCCCCCCCCCCCACCCCCCCCCCCCCCCACCCCCCCCCCCCCCCACCCCCCCCCCCCCCCACCCCCCCCCCCCCCCACCCCCCCCCCCCCCCACCCCCCCCCCCCCCCACCCCCCCCCCCCCCCACCCCCCCCCCCCCCCACCCCCCCCCCCCCCCACCCCCCCCCCCCCCCACCCCCCCCCCCCCCCACCCCCCCCCCCCCCCACCCCCCCCCCCCCCCACCCCCCCCCCCCCCCACCCCCCCCCCCCCCCACCCCCCCCCCCCCCCACCCCCCCCCCCCCCCACCCCCCCCCCCCCCCACCCCCCCCCCCCCCCACCCCCCCCCCCCCCCACCCCCCCCCCCCCCCACCCCCCCCCCCCCCCACCCCCCCCCCCCCCCACCCCCCCCCCCCCCCACCCCCCCCCCCCCCCACCCCCCCCCCCCCCCACCCCCCCCCCCCCCCACCCCCCCCCCCCCCCACCCAAUGAAAUUGCACCAAGAAUAAACAUGUACCUCUACUUCUUGGUCAGCUAUUAA